AUGUGUCAAGAAGCUGUGUGCCUGGCCACGGGCAGCCUCACGAGAACACCGGUUCAGAAGGAUGCAAGCAGAAGUAGAGAAUCGAGGCCAACAACAGAUAUCAUGGUAUACAUACAACAACGCCGCAUCUUUGACGGCUUGAUCGAGGGCCAGCGCGAUGCCAGAACGAGCCUGGCGAUGCGCAUGCCACACUCUGCACAGUCCGGUGCUCAGCAAUCGGCACUCACUCUUGAUGGUGUCUUAGGUAGAUAUCUCAAGACACGAUUAGACGUGAUUCUUCCCGCAAGUGAUACCGCUAAAGGAUCAUUUGGUGGAAGCAAGGAAACGGGCAUCCAAAACAUGGCGUCUCUGCCCUGUGCUCGUUGGGGGAGGUAUCGCAACAGCUUCGAGUACUUUGGGCAGCUAGCAGAAAAAAGAGGUGCUGCGAUCCAUCAUGAUGCAUUUGCUCCGUUCUGGCAAGAGAUUUGGUUUCCGCCCGUGGUCUUGGCAUCGGUCAUCCAUGUGAACGAUGCAGGUUCCUUGGUUCUAACUUCAACCGUGUUGGUCUACCCUUUCAUCGCCCAUUGUCUCAUGCAGGUGUCCUUGCUUUGGAACAGGCCAACAGUCAGCUGUCGACGACGGCAUCAGAUCAGUCUCCAGAUGGCAUCCGGUGCCAGUGCAGUGCAUGAGACACGAUUGGCUGUUCUGUGCCCUCGCCACCGGCUGGCUGUGCGAUGCUCGAUACUCACUCAAUACCUCGUCAAUAGCCAUCGCCCGGGGAUCACGGUGGAAUCCGUCCUUGCCCUCCAGCUCUGCAGCUUCGAUUUACCCACCCCGCGGUUGAAGCUGCAGGCCUCUGCGGUCUCGACCCGUAGCGUCGCAUCAUGCCUCGAGGUCUAG